CUGCUUCCCUCCCUACACCUCAUGAUGAUUCAGGUGUCGGUGGCGGCGCUCUUCAUCGGGCUGGUUUGUCACGCAGUGGAUGUUCCAGCGUCGCAGUGGUCCAGCGAUGAAUACAAAAACCAAACCUUGCGACAGGCCCGAACCUGUGUGGAGAAUGAGCAGUACUUCUACAUGGGACUCUGCUGCCUCAACUGCCAGGCUGGAACCUUUGUGCAGAAGGAAUGCGAAAGAGACCAAGAACCAGGGACCUGUCUGCCCUGCGAGCACGGGCAGACGUACACAGAGCACUCCAACGGGAUGAACCGCUGUCUGCCCUGCACACACUGCCGCUCAGAUGAGAUCGAAACUGCAUCCUGCACCACGACUACAGACACCAGGUGCCAGUGCAGACCGGGGACCUUCUGUGUCCCAGAUCAGGCCUGUGAAGUCUGCAAGCGCUGUGCCAAGUGUAAAGCGGGAGAGGAGGAGGUGAAGAAGUGCACCCCCUUUUCCAACACGGAGUGUCGCAAACGGGACCCGUCCCCUACCAAACCCUCCCCGGCCCUUCCUACGCCGACCCCGACUUCACCCCCAGACCUCGUUGCUCCUAUUUGCAUCUCCCUGCUCUUCAUCUUCCUCAUCAUCGUCCUCGCACUGGCUUUGUGGUGGUUCGUGUUCAAGCAGCGUUCCUGUGAAAUCCCAUGUUCAAAGAGCCCAUGUGACUCCAGUGAAAUCGUGAAGAUUCCUAUUAACGAGAGCGGAGCCACGGCAGAGGAGAGACAGAAUAAUCAGAACGCUGGUCUGGAGGGGGAGGAGACGCGCCCGGAGUCGCGGCCCCUGCUGCAGGAGACCCAGCCCGGGAUGACCAAGGCCUCCCCUCCCCUGGAGGACGAGGACCGAGGACUAGGAGACAGUUUGCCCAACACUACCAGUUCGUCUCAAACUAGCCUGUCGGCCCUUCCCACGGCCGCCUCCUCUGGCAACACCCCACGCCAGAGCCCCACUGCCUUCAGACUGACACCUGCAUACAUGGAGGAUCCUCUGCGACAUCGACUGCUGCCACUACAAGGGUCAGAGAAAUCCCUAAAGAAGAGCUUCGACCUCUUCGACGAGUACCUGGACGUUCGGAUCCACAACAAGUUCUUCAGAAUGAUCGGAGUCAGCGACAACCACAUCCGGAUCGCGGAGAAUGGCCCCCCCGGCGACAAAGUGUAUGAACUUCUGAAGAACUGGAUGCAGAGGCAGGGACUAAAAGCCGACAUCAACGACCUGCUGGAGGCUUUGCUGAGCAUGGACCAGCGGCGCUCUGCCGAGAGCAUCGCCUCCGCGGCCCUGCAGCGAGGCUACUACAAGCACGCGGACACGCCCUGAACGCUGAAGACCGCAAAUGAAGUGAACACAAAGUACUUAAUACAAGACAACUAAAAAAAAGCACACAGACACUACCAGUGGACGUCGUGUCGUCGCGAACAGGCUUACCUCUUUGUGGCUGACCAGCCGCGUAUUCAAAAGCCAGUAGUUUUUAAAUAAGCAAAACACAAAACGGGGGGAAGGCCGAGCCGUUAUCGAUCAGAGCUCUGAGGACGUCGUCGACCACUCGCGGAUGGCGUACUAACGAAAAUGAAGUUUUGUGGUCAAACCGCCACCAAAGACAAUCACGAAAGAGCAAAAUAACACGAAGGCGCCAAACCCCUACACCCCCUUCGCGUGCAGAGAUGACUGCGUUCGCAUGUUUUUGGGCUCUUAAUGAAGCGACAUGCAUCCAAAAAUACUGAAAGCUUAGAAGUCUCGAGGCGUGUCACUUCUCUGGUGCUCGACCCAGAUCGAAAUACACUACCUGGAGACAAGGAUAUACACUGGUUUGUAGGAGUGGCAUUAGCUGUGUCACUAAUACUGUGCCUCUUUGUUGCACUGACCUCUGGCACAUGUAGGAUUUUAAAAAACAAAAAAAACAAACAAAAAAAACUACAACCAUGCUAUAUUUGUUGUUAAAAUCUCGUCCAUUUGUUCCGACUUACUAAUCCUAAACUUUACCUCUUGGUCUGAGUUCAUUUAGGUUUUUUCUUAAUGUUUUUCAUUAUGUCGAUAGAGCGUAAUGAUUCAGAAAUGUUAAUCAAGCCACAUCAGAGCAACGUUUGCAAGUCUGUCGUCGUCCAUGUUCAGUGUUAACGCACACACGCGACAUCGUAGAAGGAAUUUCAAACUGUUUCUGUUGGAGCGACUGUUAAUGCAGACAAACGUUCCCAUCAUGUAAAGUGUCACAACUUCAAGGUCAUUUUUUUUUUUAUUUAUUGUCAUAUUUAUUCUAAUGGAUAGUAAUUAACUUUCAUUAUUUAUAUCAUUGCCAACAAAAAAUAAGCAACCCUGGAAACACAAACGCGCUGUAUCUGUGAUGAUGUUUAGCUACAGGGCGAAAAAAAAAUGACUGACAUCCUAUUUUCUUUUUUUUUUAUAAUUUUUUAAAGGUGUGGUUGAAACUUUUAGCAGUUGCUCGCUGCACUUUUUCUUUUUUUUUUUUUGCUUGUGUUUUAGUGUAGCACUCUGGUCCACACUGUCAACGUGUCAACGUCUCUUCACGGCGCGAGCUUCCACCCCGAGACAAACGUUCAGCACAUUGUUGAAGCCGAGGUGACAUCAGUCUUUAAAAAAAAGGACUGACCUGAUGAGUCCGGCCGCUUCGAGAGCGAAACCCCGACCUAGUCGGUCUUAGCGGCGACGUAGGGCUGCAGGUACGGAUUGUUUUUAUUAGACGAGAUGAAGGAAAACAUUUUCUGGAUUUAAAUAGAAGCUCAAAUUUAUUUCCCGAAAUCUGUCCCGUGUACAUAAAAUAAUAAAAAGUCCAGAGAGCACAGACGCCUCACAAAGUGUAUAUGUAUGUGUGUAUAUAUGCAGCUCUGUUCACAAACCCAGAAUGAAUAUAGUGAGGCGUGAAGUUAUUGAACAGAAACAGCAGCCCCCGUGCAGGGGUCGCUGUCGAGGUCGUGACAUGUUGAAGUCGAGUUUGCCCGUGUUCCUGCAGUCUCUCGUGUACAGACAAAGAGUUACAGAGUUUUAUAUUAUUGCUGAAGAGCGAUGCUACAGUGCUGGCACUGCCAUCUAUUGACAGACAAUGAAAAUACAGCCUGCGUCAAUUUCUAGGGACCCUCUCUCUCUCUCUAUCUUUUUCUGUUUUUUCACUCACCGCUCUCCUUUCUUUCUUUAACACGUUCAUUUUCUUAGACUGUUUUUAUUUUGAAAUUCCAUUAGCAGUGAAAAGGCUUCGGUGCAUGUUUUGUUCACUCUGUGGCAGUUUCUGUUUUUAACUUUUUACAUAUUUCAUUACAAGUCCUAAGCUGUUCAAUUAACUCCCUUUUUACUCAUGUGAAAACAAAAAAAUUAAUAAUAAAAACUAAAAAAAAAAAACGUUCUGUCAGCGUUGCCGUUAAGCCAUUUCCCCCUUAGUUAUUGUUUGCUUGUCAUGGAUUUCAGAUAUAAAUUAUGCAAAUGUGUCAAAAGCUGUUUUUAUGUCAUUAUUUGAAAUAAAUGUUUUGUACAGAU